GAGUGUCAUGUAACAACUUAAAAAAUUAAUGUGAAAACUGAAAAUGGCUUCAAGGGGAACAACAGAAACCAGUAAGCUUAAGCAGAAUUUGGAAGAGCAGUUGGAUAGGUUAAUGCAACAGCUUCAAGAUUUGGAAGAAUGCAGAGAGGAACUAGAUGCAGAUGAGUAUGAAGAGACCAAAAAAGAAACUCUAGAACAGCUGAGUGAGAUCAAUGACUCCCUGAAGAAGAUCAUGUCUGGAGAUAUGACUCUCGUGGAUGAGCUCAGUGGCAUGCAGCUGGCAAUACAAGCAGCCAUCAGCCAGGCAUUUAAAACUCCGGAAGUAAUUAGAAUGUUUGCAAAGAAACAACCAAGACAAUUAAGGACAAAGUUGGCAGAGAUGGACCGAGACCUAAUGGUUGGGAAAUUGGCACGGGACCUCUACACACAGCAGAAAGUAGAAAUCCUGACUGCCCUCAGGAAGCUUGGUGAGAAGCUGACUCCAGAUGAUGAGGCUUUCUUGUCAGCAAAUGCUGGUGCAGCCCUGAGCCAAUUUGAGAGAGUCUCCACUGACCUUGGAUCAGGAGACAAGGUCUUUGCUCUAGCAAGUUUUGAAGUAGAAAAGGCAAAACAAUGAAGAGGUGCAUGGAGCUUGAAUCUCUCCAGUUGUCAGGAAUAUUGGACUUCUGUCAUAUUGUAACUGUUUUUCUAAGAUAUUGAAAAAAACAAAAAAACAAGCCCUAAAACUUUUGGGUUCUUAACCAGAAGAUAUGAAGUAAACAGACUUCAAGUGCACUUUGGAACGCUGGUGUCUCUGCCCCUCAGUAACAUAAUCUCUGAGGCUAAAUGCUAAGUGGUACUCUAAAAACAAAACUUUAGUAUGAUUAUCUUUGAAAAGAAUUAGCCGUUUUCAACUUUUCCAAACGUGUAUUUCUCUAACUAUUAAAAUAUCAUCUUUUUGCAUGUGGCUUUAUCAAGUAGAACUUUUUAUUUCAGAAAUGAUCCUAACUGAUUAGCUGUAUUGGGGGUGAUUUUUUUAAAGUUGCUCUCAAGCUGUCUUAAUUUUGAAUUUUUCUGGACUUUCUACUGAAUAGAUAGGACUAAAUAGGAACUUUCUACUAAAUAGGAAUAGACUGCGGCUUUUAAAAACUGGCCUAGUUUAUUUAAAAUGCCAUCUUUUUGUAAACUAUUUGCA